GCGGUUGCUCCCGCCGGAAGUGCCGCUUGUGCCGGAAGUUCCCGAGGUUUUUGAGACGGUCCCGGGCCGGGGAUCCGGACCGCCCCCUCCCCCACCCCCACCGCGCGGUUCCCCUGGAAACAGGGGCCGCCCCCCUCCCUGGGUGCUGGCGCCAUGCAGUGCUCGCUGGUGAGCGGGGACGGGCGGCACGAGCCCGUGGCCCUGCCCGACGGGGUCCCCGUGGUGCUGGGCAGGGGGCCCCGCACGCGUGUGGCGGAUAAGAAAUGCUCCCGGACGCAAGUGGAGUUACUGGCUGACUACAAACACCGAGCUGUGAGAGUCACCCAGCGGGGUGUGAACCCCACGUCGGUGGAGGAGCUGCAGCUGCAGCCGGGCAACAGCAGCACGCUGCAGGAGGGGCAGACGCUGUGGCUGGUGAACGGGCGCUACCCCUACACCCUGCGCUUCCUGCCGGCCCCCCAGUCCCCCCACCGGAGCCUGCUGGAUUUCUUCAGCCCCAAGCGCCACCUGCCAGGGGAGGGCGAUGAGGGGCGGCCCCCCAAGAGGCCGAAGGCCCCCAGCCCCCCCGAGGAGGAGGAGGAGGAGGAGGAGGACUCUGCCGUUGCCGCGAAGCUGCACCAGCUGCAGGAGACAGCAGCCAGUGCUGAGCGGGCAAAGGGUGGGGCACCCCGCCUGCCCCAGGGGGAGCUCUCGGGGCUGCCCCCCCACCCCAGGGACUCCUGGGAGGAGCAUGGCAAGCUGCUGGUCUUCACCAAGCAGGGUGUGGUGCCCAGCGCCAAGGUCGCUGGGUUUGACCUGGAUGGAACCAUCAUCACGACUAAGUCUGGGAAGGUUUUUCCCACCAGCCCCGAUGACUGGAGGAUUUUGUACCCCGAGGUGCCCCGGAAGCUGAAGCAGCUGCGGAACGAGGGGUACAAGAUCGUGAUCUUCACCAACCAGCUGGGGAUCAGCCGGGGGCGGUUGCGCCCCGAGGUCUUCAAGGCGAAGGCGGAGGCCGUGGUGGAGCGACUGGGGGUUCCUGUGCAGGUGUUUGUGGCGACUGGAACCGGGAUCUACCGUAAACCACUGCUGGGCAUGUGGGAGUAUCUGUGUGAGAAGGCGAACGGCGCCGUGUCUGUGGCCCUGCAGAGCAGCCUCUACGUGGGAGACGCGGCCGGGCGUCCCCCCAACUGGGCUCCUGGGCACAAGAAGAAGGAUUUCUCCUGCAGUGACCGUCUGUUUGCCCUGAACGCCGCGUUGCCGUUCUACACCCCCGAGGAGUUUUUCCUGGGCUGGGCACCUGCCCCCUCCCAGCUGCCCCCCGGCGACCCGCGGGAGCUGGACCCCCAGGGGCCCCUCUACGACCCCCCCGACGCUGCCCUGGUGUCCCCCACGCCCGAGCUGGUGGUGGCCGUGGGCUUCCCUGCAGCAGGCAAAUCGACCUUCCUGAAGAGCCAGCUGGUGCCGGCCGGCUACGCCUACGCCAACCGGGACACGCUGGGCUCCUGGCAGAAGUGCGUGGCGCUGGUGGCGGCGGCACUGCGUGAGGGGAAGAGCGCAGCCGUGGACAACACCAACCCAGACCCUGAGUCUCGCCGCAGGUACAUUGAAUGUGCCCAGGACGCCGGGGUCCCCUGCCGCUGCUUCCUCUUCACUGCCACCCUGGAGCAGGCCAAGCACAACAACCGGUUCCGGGACCUGACGGCCUCAGGCCACGUCUCUGUCACCGACAUUGUGCUGAACAGCUACAAGAGUAAGUUUGUGGAGCCGUCGCUGAGCGAAGGCUUUGCCCAGAUCCUGCGUGUUCACUUUGUGCCGCGCUUCGCCGACGCCCGCCAGGAGGCGCUGUACCGCCAGUUCUCCGAGGGCUGAGCCGGGCCUGGCCCCUGCGGCAGCACCGCAAUAAAGAGAGAGCAGUGA